AUGAGCCAGGCGGGAAGCCUCCGCUGCGAUACGCUCAAAGAUGUCGUUCACGAAGGAGUUCAUGAUGCUCAUGGCCUUUUAAUUCAACCCCAUGUUCACAUUUUGCCUUUAAAAGAAAAACAUGGCUUUUUUACUUCUGGUGUACUUGGUGACGGCCUUGGUGCCCUCGGACACGGCGUGCUUGGCCAGUUCCCCGGGCAGCAGCAGGCGCACGGCGGUCUGGAUCUCCCUGGAGGUGAUGGUGGACCUUUUGUUGUAGUGAGCCAGGCGGGAAGCCUCCGCGGCGAUGCGCUCGAAGAUGUCGUUCACGAAGGAGUUCAUGAUGCUCAUGGCCUUGGAGGAAAUGCCGGUAUCGGGAUGGACCUGCUUCAGCACCUUGUACACGUAGAUGGCGUAGCUCUCCUUCCUGGUCUUUCUCUUCUUCUUGCCCCCUUUGCCGGCGGUUUUGGUCACGGCUUUCUUGGAGCCCUUCUUGGGCGCUGA